UCCUCAUGUUUCCUGGCUAUAGUUACGGCUCAGAAACCGGUAGAUGCGAGGCUCUGAGUACGAUAAUCUGGCAACGGGGGGAUCUGACAGAGAACAGCGGGCGGCGGCGUUGGCGGCGGAGACACACUGACACACAGCCAUGGAAAACUAGGUACUGAUUGAUGUCUGCCUCAUCUACUGGUGCCCUCGGGUCAGACUCUGUCCCCGUGCCCCCCCCUGCCCCCCCUGUUUCAACUGGCCCCCAGACCCCAACUCCCCCACCAGUUGUUUCCACUGGACCUGCCCCGGCAGCACGGAGCUCCUCCAGUGGUCCGCGACAGUCUAACUCGGGAGGAUCCUCUGCGGCGUCGGAAGCCCGUCCUCCCCAUCCAAAAAUGUCCAAAGCACUCAGUACAAGUGCCAAAAGGAUACAGAAAGAGCUGGCAGAGAUUACACUGGAUCCACCUCCUAACUGCAGUGCAGGGCCCAAGGGAGACAACCUGUAUGAGUGGGUCUCCACCAUCCUUGGACCUCCAGGAUCUGUGUACGAGGGAGGAGUGUUCUUCCUUGAUAUCCACUUCUCUGCGGAAUAUCCCUUCAAGCCCCCUAAGGUCACGUUCCGGACCCGCAUCUACCACUGCAACAUAAACUCUCAAGGAGUAAUAUGCUUGGACAUCCUCAAGGACAACUGGUCACCUGCGCUAACCAUUUCAAAAGUUCUCCUAUCAAUUUGCUCCUUACUGACUGACUGCAAUCCUGCUGAUCCACUGGUAGGGAGCAUUGCCACACAGUUCCUUCAGAAUCGGGAAGAACAUGAUAGAAUUGCCCGGCUCUGGACCAAACGCUAUGCUACGUGAUCACAUGUGUCUAGUGUCAACAGGGUAUUAAGACAUCUUUUGCACCAUGCCAGCAUGUCUUGGACUCCGCAUUAGGUGAAUGUCAAAAUUGUGUGGUUUGUGUUGAAGUAUUUAUCUUAUCGAUGUACUAAAAUUUUGAUGACAUUGCUAAGGUUUAUCUGGCAUGGUGGAAAAGUUUGUGAUCAUCAUUCAUUACCUCAUUUUCAAGAUUUCCACGCUUUGUAAAGCUCACUUCUGUUUUGUUUAUAUUUUUACGAGAUUAAUGGAUUCAAGUUUUCAGUGUUUCCGAUACCUCUGCUGUUAUCGUUUCUCCUUGGUUAUUACUAAUGACUUAUAACUGAUAUUUUGGGCACUACUCUUUUUAGUGGCAGUGCACCCUCUCCAUCUCAACUCUCCACACAGCUGCCUCUAGCAAAUACUUGUCUUUUUUUAUGUAACAGUGCUACUAGUCUAAUUGCAGUGUUAUCUACUGUGUGUUUUUACUGUGUAACCAAAGCACUUAUAUUGUUCAUAGUGCUUGGAGGGAAUGUCAUCACCCCAUUAUGAAUAGAGUGCUAAGCUACUUCCUUUCAAAAUUUGUUUUUUGAUUGAGUUAUUGUCUUAACAUUUUUUUGUUAAUACACUCCACAGUGUUAUGAGGGAGUAAACACUCUGUACAGUGAAAAAGGUAAGCAUAAUUCCCUUCAAAAUACUCUGAAGAAGCAAAGUGCUUUUGAUGGUUCAAGAGAGAAAGAGAAAUGCUGCUGCAGUCAGUGUAAUGAAGUUGAUGCUCUUCCAACAGCACUUUCCUCGCAAUACUGUGAAGCUGCUAAUGCUGUCCCUCAAUUUGAUGUAGUGUACAGUGACCAUUAUGUUGUGAGAUAGCACAUCUGCUUCCCUAGUAGUGUGCGGGGUCAGUGCUGCCUCCACAAGGUUGUGACAUUUACGUCUUUGAAAAGAUAAGAGGUUUUCUUUUUCCAAAAAUCAUUUUGAGGGACAUGAAAGUUAUUUGCAAAGCUGUGAGACAUUGAUUUAAUUACAGUUUUGCAAUUUACUUUCUUGCUGUGGUGGUGGAAUGCAUUAUGUUCGUAUAUCUUAGUGACGGAAAGACAUAUCCAUUCAUCCUAUUUAGGGCUGAGGAAGUAUACUGGUACCAAGUUUUAAUACACUGUUACCAUAAUGUCCAGAAAACUUCUAUUAUAAGAAGACUUGGAAAGUUUUUAUUUAUUAUUUUUUUUAUUGAGGAUGGAUUAUUCAUCACUAGGGCUUCUGACACUUCAUAAUCUCAACCAUUGUGUGAAUUAGGUUCAUCUUGUUAUUUCAUAUUCAAACUGUAGUCAUUUGAAUGUGUAUUGAAAGGCACCAUAAGGCAUUGCUACAUUUAAUUUUCAUGCAUAUUUAGGUUUGUAAAGUCCUGAAAAUAAGAAUUGUCAUUAAGUGUAGGUUUAGUUGUAAGUCAUUACAUCUUUAAUUGUAAAACUGAUAAUAACAAGGUUUCCUAAUCCAAAUUUUGUUUUCAUCAUUUGGACUCUUCUGUGCUUCAGCCACAAAGCAUGACAUCACUGAAUUUUCUCAGGCUGUGAGUUUGCAAUGAGUAUAAGUGAAUUUGAAAAUGUAAAUCUUUAGAAUUCCUUCACUUAAAUGUACUUUUUAAGUUGCUCAGUGAUGUAACAGCCAAAAAAGUUCAGCUUUUUUUUUUUUCUUUUUUGUGCUUUGUCAACUGGAGAACUUAAGUUGCGUCCCAUUUGUCAUGCAACAAUACCUCAUUAUUUGCCAUUAUGUAUCUUGUGUAGACAUUUAGCUUACACUGUGUUACUGGAAGUGCACAAGUACUGACAAGGUGUAGCAUAUAUGAGCAUCUUGUGUUGAAUAAUGGAUGCUGUAAUGAACUUCUUUCCUCGCGAUAAGAAAACUCUUGGUUGGCAUAUCUUCCUGCGUAUGAACUUUUAUGGUUUGCAAAGAGAAGGCUGACUUACUCCUCAUAUACAGACUCUUGCACCUUGCUGGCCACAGAGACUGAUGGUGCUGGUGUACAGAAAUAGUGAGCAGUGUGGGAGACCAGACAGGCAUGCAAUAUUCAUGGAAUAUAAAUAUAUUUUUUUCCUAUGAUUAUUACUAUAGAGUAGAACAUACACAAUGACUUGUAAUCUAUAUGGUGUGUCAAGCAGAGUAAGCAAUAGCUGUAAUGGUAUUACCUGCCAAAAGAACGGAAAUAAUGUGAGGCUUGUCCGUGUUCAGGAUGACAGGGGGCCUGAAAGGAGAAUGAAUUACAGACAAGGUGUGAGCAGAUAAUUUUGUGGUGGGUAAGAGAGGUCACAUUAUAGUCUUUGAAUCGAUGUGAUGGACUUAAGAGGAUGCAACCUGUACUCCCAUAUCUACUCGAGAAAUUUGUUUGUAUUUUGAGCAGACCAAUACACAAGUAUUAAUAUUUAUUGACCUCUGGUGCUGUGUAGGGAAAUACUAAUGUAGUGUAGCAAGUGUGUAUUUACAUGGGGAAUUCUAUAUUUAAUUUGAUGUUACUGCUGUUGCAGGUAUUAUAGUCAUUAUUUUGGUAACUGAUGAAAUAUAUUGAAUGUUUCAAAACAGUAUUGACACUUUCAUACUGUAGAAAAGUAUCUCAGUGGGCUUUAUUUCUUGUAAGGUAGCUUAAGUAAGCUAAAACUUUUCAUAAUUUCCAUUUUGUACAGAAGGAAAACUCUGCCAUACCAUCAGAGUUUACAUAAGACAUUUAACAUCAUUUUCAGAUUAUGACAUUCCUCUAGUUGUGUUUAAGCUCUCUUGGUUGGGAAACUAAAGAUAGGCCCUCCCACAAAAUGGGUUAGGAUAUGUGGAUGUAUCAGUAUUCAAUUUUUUUUCUUGUUUGCACUACUUCAAUCCUAUUCUGCAUUUGAACUUUGCCUGAUACUCAUCCAUUAGUUUUCAUUACAUCAUAAAUAACUGAUAGCCCAUUGAAAUACAAAAUGUUACCAUACUGCAUUUUGAGAAGCAAAAUCUAAGCUGAGAGGCCUUUUACACUUUAUUUUUCUGAUGUGACACCUAAGAGGAUGUAUUUUUGCACAGCCAGCCAGUCUCUCUGACUGCUGAAGAAGUUAAAGUUUAUGUGAGAUUAGUGAUGUUGAAUGUUCAUGAUAAAUCAUAAUCUUCAAUAUAAUUGUGGGUUUUGUACAUUUUUGUUUUUGAGCAACACCACUUGUAAAUAAAUGAAGUGUUGCAGAGAAUUGUACUUUAAUAUUUCCGAGCAUUAAAAAGUUAUUUUGAGUUCAGGCAUGCAGUGAUCAUUGGGUUCCCCAUAGGUUCUCAUACUUAGUUGCCAAUUUUCAAAACUAUUUUGAUAAUUUGCAUGGAUUUGAUGUAUACAGGUUGCCUGCCAUGUAAUCCCUAUGUUGUGGGAGGGCCUAUGUACACACCAGGCAUUGACUCACCCUGAUUCAUUUGGACCUGGCUGCUGGGCAACCUGCAGAUAGUGCUGUGUAUUGGUCUAAUCUUAGUUCCAAAUAAAACAUGUAAUGAA